GGGACAGACCGGGACUAGGCGGACCAAACACAACAACAAGCAACUUUAAGUAAACUGCAACUGCACAGAAAUGGAGAAGAAGUAUGCAGACUUUUCAGGCAAAUGGAAAAUGAAAUCUUCUGAAAACUUUGAGGAACUUUUAAAAGCGCUUGGUGUAAAUGUGUUUCUGCGUAAGAUCGCGGUGACAGCGGCCUCCAGUCCGGCCGUGGAGAUUUCUCAGCAGGAUGAGACUCUGUCCAUCAAAACCUCCACCAGCGUCCGCACCACCAACGUGUCCUUCACUGUAGGAGAGACCUUCAACGAGGCCACAGUGGACGGGCGCCCCUGCACGGUACUACCCGG